CGGCGCCGCCGCCGCCGCCCCGGCCCGCCCCUCCUCCUCGCCCCGCAGAGCCGCGCCGCGCCGCGCGCUCCCGCCGCCCCUCCCCGCGCGAGCUCCACCCAGGUCGCAGGCAGCGCGGUCGGCGGCGGCUGUUUCCCGCCAUUGUGCGAAGUGAAGGCUAGGGGCCCGUACGCGCCCGCCUGCCCGUCGCCAGCAGCUCCUCGGCGGCCCCACCGCAGCCACCGCUCCCUGAGGCGCGGGAGGCCCGCGCCCCGCCGCUCGCUGUGCGUGGGAGGGCGCGAGCGAGGAGCGGCCGAGCCGCCGAAGAGGAGCUGGGCGCCGGCCGCCCGGCCGCGCUCUGCCCGCGGAUCGCCUCCGCCCGGUCCACGCCGGCCCCGGCCCCGGCCCCUGGCGAGAUGCCGUGUGGGGAGGAUUGGCUCAGCCACCCGCUGGGAAUCGUGCAGGGCUUCUUCGCCCAAAAUGGAGUUAAUACUGACUGGGAGAAGAAAGUAAUUGAAUAUUUUAAGGAAAAGCUGAAGGAAAAUAAUGCUCCUAAGUGGGUACCAUCACUGAACGAAGUUCCCCUUCAUUAUUUGAAACCUAAUAGUUUUGUGAAAUUUCGUUGCAUGAUUCAGGAUAUGUUUGACCCUGAGUUUUACAUGGGAGUUUAUGAAACGGUUAACCAAAACACAAAAGCACAUGUUCUUCAUUUUGGAAAAUAUAGAGAUGUAGCAGAGUGUGGGCCUCAACAAGAACUUGAUUUAAACUCUCCACGAAAUACCACUUUGGAAAGACAGACUUUCUAUUGUGUUCCGGUGCCUGGGGAAUCUGCGUGGGUAAAAGAAGCCUAUGUUAAUGCAAACCAAGCUCGAGUCAGUCCCUCAACGUCCUACACUCCCAGUCGCCACAAGAGGAGUUAUGAAGAUGAUGACGAUAUGGACCUACAGCCCAAUAAACAGAAAGACCAACAUGCAGGUGCCAGACAAGCAGGGAAUGUUGGUGGUCUUCAAUGGUGUGGAGAGCCAAAACGUUUGGAAACUGAAGCUUCUACUGGGCAACAGCUGAACUCUCUGAACUUCUCUUCUCCUUUUGAUUUGAAUUUUCCAUUGCCAGGAGAGAAGGGCCCUGCGUGCCUUGUGAAGGUUUAUGAAGAUUGGGAUUGUUUCAAAGUAAAUGACAUUCUUGAGCUGUAUGGCAUACUGUCUGUGGAUCCUGUGCUGAGUAUACUGAAUAACGAUGAAAGGGAUGCCUCUGCACUGCUGGAUCCGAUGGAGUGCACAGACACAGCAGAGGAGCAGAGAGUACACAGUCCUCCUGCUUCAUUAGUGCCGAGAAUUCAUGUGAUCUUAGCCCAGAAGUUGCAACACAUCAACCCGUUAUUGCCUGCCUGCCUUAACAAAGAGGAGAGCAAAACCUGUAAGUUUGUUUCAACUUUCAUGUCCGAAUUGUCUCCAGUCAGAGCAGAACUUCUUGGGUUCCUCACUCAUGCCCUUCUAGGGGAUAGUUUGGCUGCUGAAUACCUUAUAUUACAUCUCAUCUCCACAGUAUAUACAAGAAGAGAUGUCCUUCCACUAGGAAAAUUUACGGUUAAUUUGAGUGGUUGCCCACGGAAUAGUACCUUCACGGAACACUUGUAUCGAAUUAUUCAACAUCUUGUUCCAGCAUCUUUUCGUCUACAGAUGACUAUAGAGAACAUGAACCAUUUGAAAUUCAUUCCCCACAAAGACUACACAGCCAAUCGCUUGGUCAGUGGGCUCCUCCAGCUGCCCAGCAAUACUUCCCUUGUAAUCGAUGAGACUCUCCUGGAACAGGGGCAGCUGGAUACCCCAGGUGUUCAUAAUGUAACUGCCCUGAGCAACCUCAUAACGUGGCAGAAGGUGGAUUAUGACUUCAGCUACCAUCAGAUGGAAUUCCCCUGCAAUAUCAACGUUCUCAUUACUUCGGAGGGGAGGUCACUCCUCCCGGCAGACUGCCAGAUUCACUUACAGCCCCAGCUAAUUCCACCAAACAUGGAAGAAUACAUGAACAGCCUUCUCUCAGCGGUGCUGCCUUCCGUGCUGAACAAAUUCCGCAUUUAUCUAACCCUUUUGAGAUUCUUGGAAUAUAGCAUAUCUGAUGAAAUAACCAAGGCAGUUGAAGAUGACUUUGUGGAAAUGCGGAAGAAUGACCCUCAGAGCAUCACUGCUGAUGAUCUUCACCAGCUGCUCGUGGUGGCUCGGUGUCUGUCUCUCAGUGCUGGUCAGACAACGCUGUCAAGAGAACGAUGGCUGAGAGCAAAGCAGCUGGAGUCUUUAAGAAGAAUGAGGCUCCAGCAGCAGAAAUGUGUGAAUGGAAAUGAACUUUAAAGAUCUGAUGCCUGUGAACAGUAAUGGGCAAAUUGUAGCCACAUGAUUGUAAAAUUCAGAUGUUCAUUUAUACCACAUUGUUUUAUAGGUAAUUUCUAUCACAAACCAAUGACAUUUCCUGAAACCAAGCCUGAUAACAUCUGAUGUUUAUAUGAUAUUCAGUAAGGACUUUUACCUUACUGAUUUCAUGGAGCUUUUGAAGUUUGUUUUAUAAUUAUAUAAAUUAGUAAUGAUGUAAAAAAAAGUAUUUGAUAUUAAAAGUUUAAUAUUGAUAAUGUUGCUGAUUAUACCUUUUCCUUAGCUUCAGCUGAGUCAUAGGCCAGACUGUUGAAAUGCUGAAAUGAAGAAGGUUGUUGCAAUUUCAAAGUCAGAGGUAUCAUGCUUCGGAUUCCUUAUGUUUUCCAGUUCUGUUUUCCAGUUCACAGUGGGUUGGGUUGGGGUGCAUUCAGUAGUCCAUCUUUGGGGAACGGAGGCGGAUUUGCCAUUGAUUCACAUGACUACGUAAAAUUCUGUCCUGUCAUUUCCCAGAUGUUUGGCCACAGAAACUUUUUCUCACUUAACAUUUGUUAACGGCCUGCAAAACUAGACUUGUACAUGGCAGACUUUUGUAUUUUGUGGACCAGUAGUAACACUUCCAAAAAUCUGGGGGACUAUAAGGUUGCCAAUCUACCUUGCCAAGUAAUUUGAAUAAAUCACUAUUAUCACCAUUUUUUUCAUAAAAGGACAAUCUCUGAAUAAGAGUCCUUUAAAUGGAAUGAAUGUAGCUUUUGGGGGCAAAAGAAACCGAGACACUACAUUGUCUUUAUCUUCUCCUAUCCCGGUGCAUUUGAGAAUCAUGCAUAAGGGAAUGCUGUGCUACAAAGCUGUGUCCACAUAUGAAAACAAAAUAGUCAGCUUAAAAACCAAAACCCCCUUUAGAAAGUUAUUUUCUUAAUGUCAUGUUGUAGUUGCUUUGAUUCUAUUGGAUUUUUGGCCUUUUAUGUAGGUUCAUCCGUUGGUUCCAAGUAUGUUAGAUCAGCUAACAUCUGCUACUUCAGUAACAGCCUCAUACAGCUGCAGGUAGGUUUUCUCCAGACCAAUUAGUUUCAAUAGAGCAAACUAACAGACUAUAGUAGCAUGGUUAUGGCAACCAGAAUCUUCAGAAAGGUUAGGACGUUACUUUUCAAGCUGGCAGUGGUAUGAAGUAGCUUACCUAGUUGGAGACAGAUAAAGGAUCCCUUACAUUUUUUCCUAUAAGGCCUAAAUUGACAUUGUUAACCAAGGAAACAGGGUCAGCCUUGAAAAAUCAAGGAAUUCAUUGUACCUAAUAACUGAAGUAAAAAUUACUAGUUGUUCAACUUUUCCUAAACGCAAAUCUAUUUUUAUAAACUAAUGUAAAUAAUGUUUAUAUUAGAGUUUAACUGGUUUUCAUUUUUAUAACUGGUAGACUAGACCUUCCUUAAACUUUUAGAAAUAAAAUGAAGGCUUAACCUGGAUUUGUGAGGAUAAAAUACAUUUUCUUUAACUGUCCUACAGCAAAGUAGAUUAGUCACCAUGUGUUUUUUGUGCCAAUGUAAAUUGUAAUUUACCAAAGAAAAAUACAUACAUUGCUUGGUCUUGCAGAAAAGUUCCCUUGAAAGAAUCUUUCCAAUAAAUAAAACUUCCCAAAUUACCAGUACCUUGGGCUGUUUUUCAUGAAUGAUAAGAUUCACCAUCCCAUGUGAUCUGUGUGGGAAAAGGCCAUGUCCUCCUGGUGGAAGACAUGAGAGAGGUGAACUGAAGUGGAGGUGGUGCAGCAAGAGGGACCUUCCUGCUCAGGGCCCACCCAGGCAGCGGAAUGCAGUGCAGCGCUUGGCUGCAGAAAUCCUUUGUCCCUCACCUAUAUACACAUGGACAGUCAAGUUUGUUGCUCUAAUGUAAGGCACAGCGUUAAUCCUGUAUGGCCAGGAAACUGAGUAGACUCCUGUGUAACCUUGCGUGGAACUUUGCCUUAAAAUAACUUUUCAAAAAUCUCUUUCAAA